CUACGCUGUGCCCCCCUUUGGUAUGGCUUAUGGGGGAUCCAUACAGCCCCUCCGCCCGCCGAGUCGCGAGUCUGCAACUCUCCACCUCCACCAGCCAGACUUGACAGUGACCAGCCCUCCUCUCUCUCUGACCCAUUGCCCUCCCUGCGUCUAUAGUCAUUUUACCCACACACCCACCUCAUUAAUAGUCAUCCAAGUGUCCCUCCAUUCUCUUCUCGAUCAAGAAACAUAUCAUCUGCUUCCAUCCAGAAGCCCCCCAACUGUCUCUGUGAGAAUGGGUACCACAACAAUCUACAAGGCGACUUACUCAGGCGUACCGGUUUUGGAGAUGCCGUGCGAGGGUAUAGCAGUAAUGAGAAGGCGUAGUGACUCGUGGCUAAACGCCACCCAAAUUCUUAAAGUCGCUGGUUUCGACAAGCCUCAAAGGACACGGGUUUUGGAACGUGAAAUUCAGAAAGGCACGCACGAAAAGAUUCAGGGUGGCUAUGGCAAAUAUCAAGGAACUUGGGUGCCCCUGGAUAGGGGUAUUGAUCUCGCUAAGCAAUAUGGGGUAGAUCACCUCCUUUCUGCCUUGUUUAACUUCCAGCCAUCCUCGAAUGAAUCCCCUCCGUUGGCCCCUAAACACGUCACAGCCCUCUCCACACGAGUUAAGGUUUCCAAAGUUUCCGCCGCCUCUGCCGCUCGUGCCGCUCGUGCUGUUGUUCCCUCCCUUCCUUCCACUAGUGGUCUUGGCGGCCGCAACACGAAUAACAGCUGGUCAAAUUUUGAUUCCGACAAUGAGCCUGGCCUACCCCCGGCCGCUUCUUCUCGCGAAUCUAAUGGGAAUUGGGCCACACAGUCCAAGCUAGCACGCUCCAGCAAUUUGGCGCGUGCGCGCGCCAACAUCAAUAACUCUCAUCCUGAAGACCUACCCGUCCCAGCACCUGAUCAACUCCAAGCUAGCCCCCUGCCCUCUAUGCAAACCGCCGAUCCUGAAAAUGAUAACAGCCUGACACCAAGCGAACUCAGCUUACCUAGCAGAACCCCUAGUCCGAUCGAAGAUCUUCCACUCACCGUCAACACCGCAUCCUCACAAUCGACCCGGAAUAAGGGCAAGUCGCGUGAUCUUCCUGACGAUGAAGACUUGAGUCGCGGCCAGAAGCGCAAAUAUGAUACCAGCCUAGUCGAAGACACUUCCUACAGUGACGGAGCGGAUGAUCAAUAUAUCAAUGGCAAUCCAUCUAAUGCUGCCUCGGCGAAAUACGCAAAAUUGAUCCUCGACUACUUUGUAUCUGAAUCAAGUCAAAUCCCGAACUUCUUGAAUGACCCGCCAUCUGACUUUGAUCCGAAUGUGGUGAUUGAUGAUGACGGGCAUACCGCGUUACACUGGGCAUGUGCGAUGGGCCGGAUCAAAAUCAUCAAGCUUUUGUUGACUUGUGGGGCGGACAUAUUUCGUGCUAACAAUGCUGGACAGACCGCGUUGAUGCGCGCAGUGAUGUUUACCAACAACCAUGAUCUGAGGACGUUUCCGGAGUUAUUCGAGUCUUUCAGUGGCUCGGUCAUCAACAUUGAUAGAACUGAUCGUACGGUGUUUCACUACGUCAUCGAUAUUGCAUUGACCAAAGGGAAAGUCCCCGCGGCACGCUAUUACCUCGAAACAAUUUUAAGUCAGUUGUCGGAGUACCCUAAAGAGUUGAUCGAUAUCCUCAACUUUCAAGACGAAGAUGGAGAGACAGCGCUCACUCUUGCAGCCCGUUGUCGUAGCAAGAAACUCGUCAAAAUCUUACUCGAUCACGGCGCCAAUCCCAAAACAGCCAAUCGCGAUGGCAAAUCAGCAGAAGAUUAUAUACUGGAAGACGAUAAAUUUCGAGCACUCUCUCCGACGCCCUGUUCUUCUGGUCCGAUCCGCCAAUUGGACCAAAACUCGCCUGGGGGUACCAGUAAUCGCAGUGAUUUUGUCGACUUGGUCGACCCAGUUCCUAUAGAUUCCAACUUGAUCCCACAGCGCAGUCCGAAUGCAUCUCCCCCUCAUUAUUCAGAAACCGGACAGAGGGUUACUAAACAAUUAUUGCCUGAAGUUACCUCGAUGAUAGAAUUGCUAGCAACUACAUUCGACACCGAGCUACAAGAUAAAGAGCGAGACUUGGAUCAUGCGGUCGGACUACUGAGUAAUAUUGAAAAGGAAUAUCUGGAGGGACAAAGAAAGAUCUUGAAUUAUGAAAGAAUGUUGUCGGAUUUUGGGGAAAAGAAGUUAGCCUUAGGAGAUCUAGAAAAGGAAUUGAAUGACAAGCUAGGUAAACGGUAUAGGUUCGGUUGGGAAAAAUAUGUGCGAGAUGAAGAAGAGCGGGCGAGACGGAUCACAGAGCAACGAUCGAAAUAUCUCCAAGAGCUUUCCAUUGAAGAUCGAAAACUGUUAGAUAGUUCAAAUCUCAGAUUUGCGGACCCUUCAAAACAAGAAGUCUUGAUGAAACUGCAAGCGGAUGAACGAGAGAACUCAGACUUGUUAAACUUGAUAAGGACCAACUCGACUGAUGUGGAGAGUGAAUGUGAUCUACUGAGAGAAAGUGUGCAAAAGUUGAGCGAAGAGAGAGAGAGACUGUUCAAAGAAUUCAUCAACCUUUCGAGCGAAAACACGGGCGGAGAGAAUGAGGAAGACGAUGGGGCAAAUCAUACGAGUGCGAAUACCAGUCGGUUGAAUAACUACAGAAAGCUCAUCAGUUUGGGAUGUGGAGGGAUCGGUCUAGAUGAAGUCGAUGAAGUGAUCGAAAGCUUGAAUGAAGGGAUCGACGUCAACGAACUCAAUGAUAACGGUUUCUUGACUGAACAAGACGAAGAACUAGGAAAUCAUCAAAACUACCACAACAUUCACACCCAAGGCAGAUAGAACUAUCAGCUUCGGAUCCGAUCACCAUUCCAAUCAUCCUGAUUCAAGACAUCCUCAAGCAAGUCUUCAAAUCCUGGUUAAUCAACAUGUACAUUGUUUUUCCUCGUAAUCUGCAGCGCCAUAAUCUUGUAUGCUUCUGUUCAAAUCAUAAAAACCAGCCGUUCAGCAUUCCAAAUUCGAGUCAAUAAUUUAAAAAAUAUUUUUUUUUUGAUUGACUCAGACUAAUAUCACCAUCAAAACCAACUACAUAAUUCAAGAUAAUCAAUGCACUAAGAAAAAAAAAUUGUUGUUUUUUAAUUAUAAAUAUAUGUAUGUCUUUCUGCUUUACAUAUCCCUGUUAAUUUAUGUUUUGUUUGUCUUGAAUGUUCAAUGUCUUAC